UCAAAGAAUUGACAUGUUUCCUAUUUAAUCUCUUUGCGUAAGCUAACUAUUUUUUUUCCCUUGGCUAUUUAUAAAUUUUAGAGGCAUUUUUAAGAUAUUUUUUUAAAAAAAAAUGGAGCUCAAGUGUGAGGGUUAAAAUGGAAUUCUUCUCAUUUAAAUUUAAAACUUUGGCUCGAUAAAUUGGCAGUGGGUUGAAAAUUAGAAGAAUUACGAGGGCCAAGGAAAGAAAAAGCGAAGAAAAAAAAGAUAUAUAAAGAAACGGCAACCAAAUUCUUUGGACUCCCCAUUUCCAAUCGCAUUCCUCAUUUCUUUCAUUUGCUUCCUGAUUUCAUUCGGCGUCUUCUCGCCGCCUCCCUCGUCCUUUUAAGGCCGCCUCCUGUCGCCUUGUCAUCGGUCUGGGAAGGGCAGCAGCCGAAGACGGCAGCGCGGUUUGUGUGGAGUUUCGCAGGGGAGCGGCGGAGGAAGCUUCUUCCAGAUUGGUUGGCGCUUCGAAGGUUGACUUCCUAGUUCAAUCAAUUCUGUCAUGGAUCAAAAAAAUCUCCGGAAUGAACUUGUCCCUGUUUCAGCUGAGAGCGAGGGCUUACUUGACAACUCGCGAUUAUCUAGCGGAACUGUCUCCUGCGAAAAUGAAGCUAGCCAAGAGAAUGCUAGCUUGAAUAUAGCCCACCGUGACUCAAGCUAUAAUACAGGGCAUGCUGAACUAAGCAGACAGGUUCCUGAAUCAGGACUUCAUUCAGAAAUCAGUAAUCCAAGUUUAACACUGUGCCAGCAGGUUUCCUUCCCUGAAAACUCCUCAGGAGGGAGUUCUUCUAGGGCUUCCUUUUCCAACAAUGAUGGAGAGGAACAAAAUGUAGCAGAAUGCUAUUCAGACAAGCGAAAGAACAUUGAAAGAGACCUCGGGGAAUGCUCAGAGAGUCAAAAUUCUAGUAACCUUAAUGAAGGCAAUGAAAUAAAUGCAAGAAUCAGCAGUGUACAAAGAGAUGGAACUUUUGACCAUACUUCUGUUUGCGAAGCUAGAACUAGUGAAUGGUUUCAGCGGAAUACCCGAAGGAGAAUCAGCCAUGUUGAUGGAGCUAAUGCAUCUGCACCUGAUAUACGGUCACAAUAUAACAAUAUUAAUCAUAAUCCUUUGUCUCCCCAAUCAUCAUCUGCACUAGUCCUGCCUAAUCAGCCGAUGUAUGUUAGGUUUUUGGGUAGCAAUUUGGAGCCAUACAGGCAACACCAUGUACGUAGUGUUCCUUCCCGGUUCCGACAGAGUGGCAUUUCAAGAAUGGAAAUAGGUAGUUCUUCAGGCUCCAGGGCAGAUGUGGUUGAUCGUGCAGCUGCAGAAUUGCAUCUGCUAUGUGUUCCAAUCAAUAUCUCAGGGCAAGUCUUUGUUCUCCCAAUUGCCAUUAGGAAUAUGAUACAGGACCAAACAACUUCGGCUUCAGCCAGUGGCAACCCAGUUUUAUUUGGUAAUUCACUGCUUACAUCACAGGUCGUUAUCGAGUUUGGUGUCUAUUCAUUAGAAGGAGCAAAUUGGUUAGCUUACCUAAAUCAACACCAGAUAUCUAGUGCUGUUUCCCGUGUUCAACAGCUCAUAUCUAGUGGUGCUUUGGGCAUUCCCAUGAUCGCAGAUAUUUUUGCAGCUGCUGCAAGAGAAGGAAGGAACUGGAUGUCAGCGAUUCAGGAUAUUAUGCAUCUCAUUCGCCAGGGUGAUAAUGUACUUCGUGAGGAAGUUUUACGAGCCGGGUCAGCAUUUUUAGGCAUCAAUCUCCAAGACAGUUACAGAUAUAUGCGAAUGGAUGUUGAUAAUAUGUCUUAUGAGGAAUUGCUGGCACUGGAAAACCGAAUAGGUAGUGUCAACACUGGACUAAGCGAUGAUAAAAUUCUCCACUGCCUACAGCAAUGCAAGUAUGUAUCUACUGUCUCUGAAACAUCUGCGGCAGAAGUAGAGCCAUGCUGCAUUUGUCAGGAAGAAUUCACCGAAGGGGAAGAGCUUGGGCGAUUGGAUUGUGGUCAUGAUUUCCACUAUGCGUGCAUCAAGCAAUGGCUGACAAUAAAGAAUCUAUGCCCCAUCUGCAAAACAACUGCCCUUGAAAGCCAAAGAGAUUGAUGACGGUCAGGUGAACCGAAUGGCCCAGUGCACAAUCAUUUCCAACGUGGAGGGACAAGGAUGGAGAGGAAAAGGAGGAACUGAUAUGAUCUUCCUAAUCAAAUAGAGUGAAGUAAAGGUGACAGAUUUAACAGUAGUGCAGACUUGAUUGAGGUGAUGUAACUGAUGCCUGUGGCUAUUUGUUGAAGACACACUCCUUCAGAUUUCAGUAAAAAAGAGGAAUUUUCUUUUUAAAAAAAAGAAAGCAAGU